AUGACUUUUGCGAACCCUACGAGCUGGGUUGCGAGCUCUAGUUUCCGCCUACGUGCUGAAGAUGCCAGGAUGAGCGACCCCUCACCGGACAUGGUAGAGCGUAGACGUGGUCCCCGGGCUAUACCCGCAGAUCGAAUGCUUAUCGUAGUCCUGGUGUGGGGUGCUCCGGUCAAAGUUCUGCGGACAGCGCAAUUUGGGCAUAGACAGAGAUUCUCGAUCGGCAAGAUCCUGGGCCAGGACAAGCACGUGUACGCUUACUUGUGGACUGCGAACACUCCCCCCAAAGAAAGCCACGCUCCGGCGCGACAGCGAAGGCAGGUAGAGCUCAGUUAUUUCUUCUUGGCCCAAUGCGACAAUCGCUCCUCAGCGCGAGGACUCCUGUCCGACGGACAUCCGAUGGAAUGUGUGCACGGACCCACUUGGGAUGCCUACUGCGGUACUCCUUCUCUCUUCAUGGUGAAUAAUUGGGGAGCUGACACCACCGCAGCGUGGGAAGGAGGGAAAGCGAGAAACCGGAGAAUAAAAGACCAUUCGUAG